AUGUUAGUGCUCAUCACACUUUUAACGUCUACUUUGACAUACUGCUGCAUUGUUGCUAGUAAAACUGUCUCUAGCAACAACACCAAGCGGGACGAUAAUAGCGAGACUCUCGAUUAUACGCAAUAUGUCAACAUGUGGCUGGGAACCCAGGGCGGUGGAAAUGAUAAUCCCGCUGUAGCUCGUCCAUUCGGAAUGGUCAAGCUUGGUCCAGAUCUAUACGUUCAAGGCACAGACGCCUAUUCUGGCUAUCUGCCCAAUGGCAAUUUCUCGGGCUUCAGUAUGAUGCACGAACAAGGUACUGGUGGUGCACCGAAGUACGGAACCGUUGCCCAGCUGCCUCUCAUUGGCAGUAAUAUUUCUCAGCCGCUAUCCAAUCUUACCAUCGGUCGAAGCGGGACUGAUGAAGCCUCUGUGGGCUAUUACAAGGCUGUGACUAGUCAGGAUGUCACUGUAGAAUUGGCUGCCAGUAACCGUGCUGGGGCAUUCCGCUAUACCUUUCCAUCCGUCGGCAGCAGCGAAAAUAACAUCCUUGUCGAUGUGUCCCAUGUCCUGCCUUCCUACCGCGGAUUAGGUACAGGUCAGCAUUAUGCUGGUGGGGAUAUCACCGUUUAUGAAGACGGCCAUUAUGAAGGCCACGGCGUUUAUAACAAUGGCUGGAACUUAUCUCCAGACUGGCCGAUCUACUUUUGCGGGUAUUUCGACAGCACCCCGGUGAGCAACAAGACUUAUCUUGCAACUGAUGCUAGUGGAAGCAUCGAGCAGUCCAAUGGAUAUGCCUCUUCCAAUUCAACAUAUGUCCGAGUGGGCAGUCUGUUUACCUUCAGUGACUCCGUGGUAAUCUCUCGCGUUGGUAUAUCAUGGUUAUCUACCUCUCGAGCUUGCAGCAAUGUCAACACAGAAAUUCCCAAGAACACAGACUUCUCCACCGUUGUCGAUGACACUAAGUCGACAUGGAAUACCGAAGUGCUAUCCAAAGUUACCACUUCCGCCACCAACUCUACCACCAUUGAAUUGCUGUACAGCUCGCUGUACUACAUGCACCUCAUUCCGACUAACCAGACAGGCGAAAAUCCGACCUGGACAUCCAAUGAACCUUAUUACCAAGACAUUUUCACUUUCUGGGAUCUAUUCCGCUGUGGCACUGCAUUGAUGCAAGUUCUUCAACCAGUGUCGUACGAAGAACAAAUCCGCUCGCUCAUCGAUAUCUGGCGGAACGAAGGCUACAUGCCCGACGCCCGUUCAUCGAACUACAACGGCCGCACCCAGGGAGGCUCCAAUUGUGAUGUCGUCCUUGCAGAUGCCUUCGUAAAGGGCGUUCGCGGGCAAGUCAACUGGACAGAUGGAUAUGCAGCUAUGGUCAAGGACGCCGAAGUACCGCCCAACAACACCGUACCUCCAGACCCAGAAGCGCCCGACUCAUCAACAAAGGAAGGCCGUGGCGCUCUUCCCGACUGGAAGGAGUACGGCUUCAUUACGCCAACCUUCAGCCGCGCUGUCUCCCGCGCUGUGGAAUACGCCUACGACGAUUUCGGUCUCUACCAAGUCGCCUCUGGUCUCGGCAUAGCAGACGACGCCUCCAAAUACCUGAACAGGUCCCGUAACUGGCGGAACCACUGGAAUCCAGACGUCACAUCAUCUGGGUUCUCGGGCUUUGUGGUCCCUCGUAAUCUGACCGGUUUUGAGGACAUUGAUAUCCUGAAUGCGGGUGGUUAUUGGGGCGAUCCGUGUUAUGAGGCUAGUCCCUGGGCGUACUCGUUCAGUGAUGUCCAUGAUGCAGAACACAUGAUUGAGUUGAUGGGUGGUGUGGAAUUGUUCGAGAAGCGUCUGAACGCCACGUUCGCUGAUGGCAUGUUUGAUCCCACCAAUGAGCCGCAUAGCAUGUUUGCUGUCCCAUAUCUAUACAACUUUAUCAACCGCCCAGACCUCACCGUCCUGCACGCCCGCAGCACCGCCAAAACAUACUAUAACACCGGCGUAGACGGACUUCCAGGUGCCAGCGACGCCGGAGCUAUGCAGACAUGGCUGCUCUGGAAUAUGAUUGGGCUGUACCCAAUUACAGGGCAAACCACAUUCCUCAUUCACUCGCCAUGGUUCGACUGGCUGGCGAUUGAUCUUGGAGACUCGAAAAGCAUCAACAUCUCCUCUGCGGGCGGCGACAAUAAUGGCGACAGCGACUAUUUCGUGCAGUCUGUCAAAGUUAAUGGUGCCCAGUGGAAUCAGGGCUGGCUCACUUGGGAUGAUGUCUUUGCAAAUGGAGGCACAGUCGAGUUUGAGCUGGGAAGUCAGCCUGUACAGUGGGCGAAGGGGCCGGUGCCUCCAAGUCCGGCAUCGUAG